AUGGCUGACGCUAUACCAUCCACCGACCACAGUCCGACAUCUACCGAGGAAGAGAUGCUCCCCUUACUCUACGAUCUUGACAAUCUGACGCAAAUUCCGGAAGGGGAGUUCACCAAGGACAUUCCCCCACCGCCGGUCGGGGAGUUCAACAAGAAAAAGAAACAGAAUCCGAAGCGAAAUGGACGGCCAGGAACUUCGUCGGCACCGGCCGGCUCUGGAAACCAGGUUGAGGUCAAGGAGGAGGAGGAUGGGGGGGAGGAGGAGGAAGAGGAAAGCGAUGACGAAUACGACGAGCGUCCGCCGCGUAGCACUAGUCAGCGCACCUUGGAAGAACGGCUCAGGCGGGAACUUGAAUACAUAGAUGAUCUGCUCGAACAGGACGAGGAUGCCGACCAGGAGAACUUGUCGGUGCCGCGCGAACAGUGGAGGGCGGCAGACUUCGUCGAGGAAGACAUGGUGUACGCGACCAUCGACGUGCUCGUCUUGGACGCCCUACGCCACCUGCAGACCGUGGAGAGGAACAGCACGCUGAGGCAGUACACCUCGUGGAUCUACCACUACAAGAGGUGGGCGGCGAAGAUGUUGAUGCAAAUUCGCAACAAGCUUCCGCAGGAGUACAGGCUUAAGCGCGUCGACGAGAUAGGGCACUACAUCCGGGACAACAAGAAGAAGAACUGGGACCAAGAGGCCGAUGUCCCCCGGUCGCACGUGUGGCUGCACGGCCCUAGGGUCACCCCGUCCCGGCUUCGCGCAUACGUGAAGUACAUGGUUCGGGAGAUGAAGCUCGAUGCCGAGUCCAGCAAGGAGGGCGACAACGCCACAGGAACACAGCCUGUGCAAUCUACAACGGUGCACACGCUCCUCGGGCGCAUAAAGGCAUGCCAAAUGGCGGCGAGAGUGGAGGCGACGAUAUACCGGGAGAAGGAGCUGAGCAUCAUGCAUGAGAUAUCGGUGGUCAGGUCGGAGGUGCGGUUCAUGUUCCGCACCAAGAACGAGCGGGACCUCAAGAACUGCACCGAUCGGCGUCGCGGAACCAUUGGCGAUACCUACACCGCAGAACAGUUCCGCCAGAUCAUGUUCAGGGUGCUGCCGACGUGGGCGGCCAAGGCUUGGAACCCGCGGGCUACGGGCCCGUCGCAGACGCUGUGGCGGUUUCUGCUGUUGAAGGUGCUCACGCUACUCUCCCACCAUUCUCUCCUGCGCGGCGCAAGCAUCCGCGAGAUCAUGCUCCCCGACCUAUUCUUGUACCGACUGGCGAGCACCUCGUCGGUGAAACCGGAGAACCAGCCGGUCGUCAUGGUCAUCGCUGUGCGGAACUCGAAGACGUCCAAGGAUGCGCGUUUGCAGCAGAGCUACGCUGCGCGGCACCUCGAAGCGGAGUUGUGCGCCGUCGGCGAGACGGGCCUGUGGUUGCACUUCAUCCUCGACCAGAUCAGCCAGUUUCACGGCGUCCGCCUCAUUCCGCCGGUGGACACCAGCACACGCGCGAGCUGGUACAAGACGCACCUUUUCUUCGCCAGAAACGACACCGACCAAGGGGAGCUCUCUGCGGCAAGCCACCAACGCUGGACGAGGCAGUUGUGGAACAAAAACGGGGUCUUCUGGAAGAGGAACGUGCACGCCGCUCGAGCCGGAGGGGCCCAGGAGCUGGCCAUCAACGGCACGCCGCGCGCCGAGAUCGCGGAGCUAGGACACUGGGCGCUCGACAAGAUGAUGCGAGCGUACAUCACCGCCAUUCCGGUGGGGGUGGUGAUGAAGAAGGCCGGUUACUCUGGUUACAAGCAGGACUACUUCUUGGGCCGGAGCAGGGUGGAGCCCUCCGAUAAGCUCUUGAAGCUCCUCGCCGAGUACAUCUUCCCCGGCGUCGACGACAUGCUGAAGACGGCGGAAGGGAAGGCUGCCGAGGGGUCCGACGCCGACAAAGCCGCGGUGCACUUCUGGCGCACACUCGCGAUGCUGCGCCGCAUCGUCGCCGAGGACCUAGUGGUGAAGCUGGUCCGCACACCAUGGCACCCGUACGUCCAAGGCUCCCUGCUCUGCCGGAUCCCCCUCUUCCAGCACUGGGCGAAACGGGUCGAGAGGGUCGACACCGAGACGAUCAACAAGCGUCGGGACCCGACCCAAAUUCAGGCAGAGGAAAUCUCUGUCCGCAUGGACACCGAGUACUACAACAUAUCCCUCAAGGCGACGCUGACGAAGGAGAUGGAGCGUGCCGCGAACGAGAGGAUUGACUUCCUGGAGGAGCUCGAGAAGUGCGACGACACCAUCGAGUCUCUCACCGCCGAGAUAACCCGUCUCACCGAGGCACUCCGUGUGUCAAAAGCACAGAGAGUGCCGGAGGCCCCGCCGUGCGCUACCGCGCAAUCUCCCAGCAAGGGUGGCUCGGCGGAUUCGGCCAACAUGGGAGCCGGCGCCGACGGAGGGGACGACAAACCCCCGCCACCCCCACAGACGGACGAGGAGGCUAGUUACGAGCUCAACGUGGUACAACCGUGGCGGGAGGCCAAGACCGUGAGGGACGCCUGGCGCCUCUGGAACUCCGCCACCGCUAAUGACACCCGUCGGCUUUGCGACAGGAUCGCCGAGCCGGGGUUCAUCGACCGCCACACCCUCCUCGCCGGCGCGACGCAUGGUGCACUCAACAAGAGGGUGCGCCGCAUGCUGAAGGUCAUGGAUGCGGUGCGCCAGCUACGCGCGAGCGACGGCGAAGCCGGCACCGAGGCCUUGGUCGACACACUGCACAGGAUCGCGGCAUUGGGCAUCGGGACCUUCGCCGAUGCCCUCACGGUGCUCAAACCAGGAACGGCAUCGAUGUUGUCCAAAGAGGCUGGCAUGGGAGUCAAGGGGCUGGGUCCCAAGGUGGUCUCGAAGCUGCGCCUCGCCUGUGCGCUUGUGGCGCUCAACCUGAAGCAGAGUGAUUGGGUCGAAACCCUGUUUCCAGACACGUGGGAGGAGCAGAUGCCGAAGACCAAGGCCGACCUGGCGAAGCCGACGGCACCGGCCAAGUCGAUAGCACCGGCCAAAUCGACCGCUCCGGUGCACCAUCCUCCGACCAAGAGGAUGAAGUCGGCAUGA